AUGUUAGCAACAACAGCACCAAACUCUUUAGUCAUGAACCCAACUUCAAUGUUAGUAGAGAUGAAAAGCUUCAUUCCUUCUUCAUAUACUUUCGAAACAACAAUCCAGAAGAUAAAGCAAGAACUUCUCCAAGGAGAUUUAGAUUGCACUGCGAAAGAUGAAACAAAUGAACAGUAUCUUUAUGAAAUGCAGGAUAUUAUUGACCAUCUACCUAAACUUCCUGAAAUCCAACAACAAAAGCUCACUAUUCCAGAAUUCGACGAAAUAGAAGUCAAAGCAACUGACUCAGUAGAAAUAAAGAAGUUCAUACGAAAGGUUAACUAUGAGUUUCUUGGAUUUCAUUGCAACCACAAAGUCAUGGACAAAGAUUGCGAUAUGGUAUAUAAGAACAUCUCUGACAUAUACAAAUCUGGGGAGUUUAAGACCUACGACAACUUUGUUUCGUUAGUUGCAAAAUGUGUAUGGCAGAUAAGAGAUAAAGAUAGAAGAGGUAAGGUAUGGAAUGAACAGAUAAAACCCGCAACUUUUGAGUUAAAGAGAGCAAUUGACGCCUUAGUCAUACUAGCAGGUAAGAUUUCAAUGUACAAUGCUAAAAUGAACCCACAAUGUUCUAAAUGUAAAGCAGCAAUGAGGAAAUAUAACUACUCCGUCAAAGAGAUAGAACGUAUGCGAAACGACUAUGCUGACUUAAAGAGGGAGGCAG